UGCUGGAGUUCCAUCUUGCAAUCUUUCACAUAUGUACAGACUGUAUACACGCCUCACUGGACCAAGAAGUAAGCACCAUGGGCUCGAUAUCAGAGCCUAAGAACUCAACGCUCGAAGCGGCGCUCUCACAAGCCCAUGAAGAAUAUACACAGAACCACCCAGCAUCCAACAAGAACUAUGCAGAAGCUUGCAACUAUAUGCCAGGGGGCAACACCAGAACGGUCCUGUUUUCCAAUCCUUUCCCGCUCACAAUCGACUCAGGCGAGUCUUGCUAUUUGAAUACUAUUGAUGGCAAUCGUUAUGUCGACUUCCUAGGUGAAUACACCGCCGCCAUAUAUGGUCACAACCACCCCGAAAUCAAGGCUGCUGUUCAGAAAGCUCUCGACGGUGGCUGGAAUUAUGGUGCACAUAACAAACUCGAACCUGACCUUGCUAGGGCGGUGUGUGAACGAUUUCCUCCUAUUGAUCUAGUCCGUUUUGUCAAUUCUGGGACAGAAGCCAACAUGAUGGCCAUCGCUACGGCCAUGGCUGUCACGGGUAGGAAAAAGAUCCUGCUGUUCAAGAAAGGAUACCAUGGAUCAACAAUCUCGGGAAAGGUUGCGUCUGGCAAACCGACCAUCAAUCUACCUCAUGAGUUCGUGCUAGGAACAUACAACGAUGUUCAAGGCACCGCAGACAUCGUCAGAUCACUGCCCAAAGAUAGCCUAGCUGCCAUCCUCGUUGAACCGAUGCUGGGGAGUGGAGGGUGUUUCGCAGGCACCUCAGAAUUCUUACAAACACUUCGCCAGCUCGCGGAUGAGACCAAAGCUAUCCUUAUUUUUGACGAAGUCAUGACUAGCCGUCUCGACUACCGUGGCCUGGGCUCGACGGUGGGAAUCACUCCAGAUUUGAUGACCCUAGGGAAAUAUAUCGGUGGUGGAAUGAGUUUUGGAGCGUUCGGCGGGAGAAAGGAUAUCAUGCAGCUUUACGACCCGAGGACAGGAUCUCUUGAGCACCCUGGUACAUUCAACAACAAUGUUUUCACGAUGAGCGCCGGUAUAGCUGGCAGCAAGCUAUUGACCAAGGAAAAGCUCGAUGCUUUGAACGCAUUGGGUGAUUCUUUACGCCAAAAAGUCACAACUUUACUGUUGGCAAGAGGUAUCAAAGGUACGAUGCCAUCUUCUCCUGUGGCUGACGACAUGCAAGUGGCCGAACACCCACAACGGCCGCCGAAAAUGUUUAUCAACGGUGUUGGCAGUCUGAAUGCAAUUCAUUUUGCAGGUCCGGACAGAGAGGCCCUGCAGAGUUUGUAUUACCAUCAUAUGCUGCAAAGUGGAAUAUACAUGGCUCCGAGAGGUUUUGUUGCGUUGAAUAUUAUGCUGACGGAAGACCAUGUUGGGCAGUUUCUGGAAGCCACCGAGGCCUUUUGUGAUAAGUUUGAUAGAUUCCUGCAGUGGUAG